AUGAUGAGAAGCAUAGCAAACUCAGCUCCUCAGCGAGGUAUAGCCGCCAUCGUGGGCGUUGGGCCGAAGCUGGGCCGCUCCAUCGCCCGAAAGUUCGCUCACGAAGGCUAUACCGUCGCUAUUCUAGCCCGCGAUCUUGGGAGACUCUCGAAAUUCGCGGACGAGAUCGCGAGGGAAGAAAAAGCCCAAGUUUUCGCCAUACGGAUCGACUGCUCCGAGUCUAGAAGUGUGAGGGAGGCAUUUGAAGGGGUUUUGUCUUUGGGUUUUGUGGAGGUGCUGGUCUACAAUGUCUGCCAGCAGCCCCCCAAUUGGCACCCCACCCACUUCACCGACAUCCGCCUCGACUCUUUCGAGAAGUCCCUUGCCGUGUCUUCUGUCGGAGCCUUUCACUGUGCUCAACAGGUUCUUCCGGGAAUGGUGGAAAGAGGAAAAGGGACGAUUUUGUUUACAGGGUGUUCAGCUUCACUCAAUGGCAUUGCUGGCUACUCUGAGCUCUGCUGUGGAAAAUUUGCGUUGAGAGCACUGUCACAGUGCCUGUCCAUGGAGUUUCAACCGCUGGGUGUACACAUAGCGCAUGUUAUCAUCGGCGGGGUGAUUGGCCAACCUAGAGGGGGUCAAUCGUCGUCGUCGACCGCUUCGCUGAGGACGACGUCGUUCGGGGACGGGUCAAUGGACCCGGACGCGGUGGCUCAAACCUACUGGCAGUUGCACGUCCAAGACCGGAGUGCUUGGACCCAAGAGAUCGACCUCCGUCCCUCUCACCCACCCAGAUUCUGCUAG